UACCUACCCGUCUUGGAUACCCCCGUUUUCACUGUUGUGAAACAUCAACAUAGUAACCCGGGAAAGCCAACCUCAGAGGCGGGUAGCGACAUUUAUUUCUAGAAAUCUCACAGUAGACCUGGAUAUUUGGUUGCUCUGACAAACACCGAGACAUCCAAUAUGGGUGCAUGUCGGUAGAAAAAGUUGCUAGCUUAGUUGGCACAACUACUAGCUAACAUUGGUUUGCUAACGUUAGCUGGCUAACGCUAACGUUAGCAAACAGACAGCUGGACGAAACUGAGGAAGAAGUCUGGAGAAGUAACGAUUUCCUCGUCACUGGGACGUCAGCAUGAAUGCGGACAUCUAGACAAUUGGAUUGUUUGCCUAAAGCUGAAUGAGAGAGAUGAGGAGCAGCAGGAGGAUUGAGGUGUCUCUGAAAAGCUCUGCUCAGCAGCUUACAGAUCACAAUAAUUGCACAGAGCUGACAACUGCAUGGACAAGUUUGUCCCAGUCCAAAGCUGCUUUGCGGCAUAUAGAAAACCAUCUAGAGGCAGCUCCAGGGACGGGGGUUCUCCUGGACUCUGUCAUGGACCCUCCCAAGAAGAAAUCCUCCAGGACGGUUCGCUGCAGGGAUGGUCAACAAGCUGAUGACCAUGGAGGGUCUUCAAAGCGCAGGGGGCGAUGUCAGCAGAGUCCAGAGAAGAGCAGCUCACGCAGCCCACUGAGAAAUGCCACACAGGACAGCAAUGUCCGCAGGAACAACAGCGUGGAGUUCAGGGAACCGCUCGCCUCCUACAGAGAGGCCACCCCUCCACCACAUCCCUCCUCUCAGCUGGAGGCCUACAGCCUGCAGUCAGUGCCAGGGUCUUCGCACCCAUCCUCACCGCCCUCCUCAGAUCCUCUUCUUAGCCAGCUGGUCUACCAGAGAGACACCAGGGACAAACAGACAGACAUGGACCUUUACAGCACACACUCCUCAGCUCUGGAGAGCACAGAGGUCCGCUACCUCAAUGACCAGCCAGCCCUGGACACCCUGAGGACUAUUGGAAACCAGUCCCAUCGCAGAGUACCUGCAUGGGAGGAGACUGAGGAGGAAAGCACUGCAAAAGCACAACUUGGAAUGGAUAGCCAAGAGUUAAGCCCAUGUCUAGGUCCAGCCCCUGGCUCCACACACAGAAGGGAGAGCACUCCUUCCACCAGCCCUGGUUCAGCUUCCCAACGGCUGGAGAACCUAAGGCGACAUCAGCCUGACGAUAAGCUGGAGAAGCUCAAAGAGCGUAUUCGAAGGCAGAGGCAACAUCUGGAGGAGUCUGCAGAGAGAGAGAAGCUGCUGGGUUAUCUGGAACAGCCCGUUAUGGCAGCUGUAGGGAGUAACACUGGUACUAGCAACAAGCCCACAGCCAAAAUACGGAAAGUAGCAGCUUGCCCGCCUGCACCAAUAUACAAAGGUUUCAACAGUACUGAGACAAAGAUCCGGACUCCUGAUGGGAGAGUUUGGAAGGAGGAGGAGUUCCAUAACCUCAGCAGAGAAAUAUACAGAGACCUGUCACGACAGUUUGCUGAGAGCACCAGAUCCAGACAUCAGCAAGCAGAGGGAACAGAGAGCAGACAGGUCCAAAGAGAGGAGGCCACCCAAACCAGUCAGGAAGGUCCACAGGCUGCCCCUUCAUCUGACCUUAAUGCAAAACCAGUGAUUAGCCCUGCAUCAUGGCGGGAGGGCCAAAGGCUGGUAAAGAUGGUACUGGGUCCAGUUCCCAAGCUGCCCAGGGAGGAGGACAGAUCCCAGCCAGCUGACAGACUGAGCAGAACAGCUUCCCGUCACCGCUCCAGUUCAGACCCACGCUCAGAAUCAAACCCACGGCUUCGCCUGAACAGCACGGAAAGGCCUCGACGUGGAUUUCAAUCCAAAAGCCACUCCGCAACCACAUCUACACCCCCAUCUGCAGAUCGGGAGAAGGCUCCAGUGGGUGUAAGCACGGACCUGUUGUCAGCAGACAUCCAGGGGAUACUUGAUGACCUUCAGCUGGAGUGUAAAGCAGUUGAGAGGGAGGAGAGGUCCCGGCAAAGGUCUCGGGGAGGAAGCGGCGGUACGAGAGGGAGAGGGAGAUCAGGGUCACGAACAAGGCCUUCAGUCUCUGUUUGGGGAACUACGGUGGCAACAAGUAGCUACUCAAGAGGCUGCCGCAGCGCCAGCCCUGCUGCACACCAAACUGCUGACACUGGGCAGAAAAAACGACACUAUGAUGCAGACACUGUUCGCCAAUACAUUUCUCGGCAACAAGAGGAUAGAAAGAGGCAACGGGCAGAUGAGAAGAGGGCACUGAGGGAAGAGGCAGAGACUAGAAACCAGAGACUGCAGGACCUCUACAGGAAGCAAAGGGAAGCGGCUAAAACAGUGGUGCUUCCUAGCGAGGCCCCUGUGGCCCCAGCGCAAAAGCGACUACAGGAGACCUACACCAAACUGCUUCUGGAGGGGGCUCAGCUGGACGAGGAGGCCACACAGACUCACCUUGCUGCUCCUUCUAGUCAAAUGAGACCAAUGUACCAGCCCUCAGGAGAGUCGGACAAAGAGAACAAAAGACUAGAGGCACCACAGAGUCCCUCGAGCAGUGACAGGUCUUUGAAUGACCAGCCACCACCUCCAUUAUCCAGGAAUGAUCUUCAGCCUGACCGUCUGAGCCCAGCUGUUCAACCUACGAAUGGUCCCAGCAGCAGUGGGCAAGCACCUUUUGGUGAUCAUCUCCUCUCUCAGCUUCUCAGACUGGGGACUGCAAUGUCAGCUAGUGACCUCAAGCACACUCAGCGGCCAGCCACGGCACCUUCCAACAGGUCGCAGUGCAAGAUGUCCCGCAUUGAGGCCCUCAAGGCCACAGCCGCGUCCCUCUCCAACCGGAUAGAAAGUGAGGCACGGAAGCUUGCUGGGGAGGGGAUCAACUAUGGUAUUGAAACUUCAAUGGAUGUGGAUAUUAUUAGACCAUCUCAAGCUAAUCUUGAUGAUGCAUGUCGUGCAGAAACAGCUGCCCCAGAAAAUGAUGACGUUGCCUUGAGGAUCCAGAGGAUUUUAACUAGCACAGGUUCAUACAACGGCACCGCUCUUCCAGGAACAGGCAAUCUGCACGCCCUCAGGGGACAGAAAGAAAAGAAAGACACACACACCAAUAUGACUAAUCCACAAACAACUUCUGCUGAUGUAACAGGGCCAAUUCCCAACAUUUACACACAUGAAAGGAGGAGGCUAGCCAAUGGCCUGGACAAGGUAGAGAGAGUGGAACAAAGGAUAGGGUGUGGAUUGAUGGAUGACGAGGAUAAGAAUCGGACAGAUCUCCAUGACUCAAGCGCUGGUUCCAUCAGUGAGGGUCCUCUUCUGAGUGAAGGGAGUUUUUCUGAGGACGAGACGAGCCCUCCUCACCCCUCCAACAAUCGUGUACCUAGAUCGGCAGAUCGCCUGAGGGCGGUGGACUACUGCGCGGGUCAAAGAAGGGAUUACCAGCGUUUGUCAGAGUUCCAGAGAGAGGCAGCGAAGUACUCAGCCUUCAGCUCACCCUUUGCACAGCAUGACGGUAGCAAAGCAGCCUGGGAGGAGCUGAACAAAGGAAGCCCUCUAAGUGUAAUCAACAUUUUCACUAAGAAUCUUCAUGGCUACGUGACAGCUCCACCGUUUCCUGCAGUGAGUGAGAGGAACUCUCCCUCUGCCCAUUUGUUACACUCUGGAAAUGGUCCCGUAGACGCAGCCAUCUAUGAAGAUGAUUUUGUGUCAUCACAUAGCAGCGGAGCCAGUGGUCAGUUAAAGAGAAGCUCAAAUUCUCGCAGUGUGAACAGCCAUUUUGAGGAACUGAUGAGGAGGUCCCCCUAUGACAAAAGUAUAGGAGGCAGCAAUUCCCACCAUUCAUCCUUUCACUCAUCUAUUCACUCACCACAUCCAUCCUCUGGCUCAACAUCUGGCUCCUCACCCUUCUCCAGGCAAUCUGCCAGAAAAAGAGGCACAGCAUCAGACCAGAGUGAUGCCACUCUGGUAGAAGAGCCAAGGAGUUCCUGCUCUCCUCCCUCAGAGGCAUUAUCCUGUGACUCCAGGAAGAGGGGCUCAGACCAAAGCUCUGCCCACAGCCAGAGUGUCCACUCUAAUGACACUAUAGGGGAAACUUCAGUGCUUUCUCAACAAAGUUUGGGUCUUGACAGUAAGAAGUCUUUGGCAGCCAGGCCCAAAAAGGCUUCUCCGUCUGGCUCUCCAUACCCUGGUUCUCCUCUGGAAGCAGGCUCUCCCAGUGAGCCUGUGAGAAGUGCUUCUCUGGGGGCAAAUAAUCCAAACCCAGGCACCACAGCUCGCGGUGGUCAAGCAGAGACCAGGACCACAGGUGAACAACAGUAUUCACCUGCUGUCUUGCAGCAGCGUAUGGCGGUAGAGCUCCAGUACCUGGAGUCCAUUGAGGAGUCAGUCCGACAGCUGGGUGACGUGGAGAGGGUGAUGGGUGUGUCCAUGGCUCAGCAGGAGAGCGUGUCAUUGGCCCAGAUGCUCAAGGCCAGGCAGCAGUGCCAUGCGCGUGACCUCUAUGAGCUGAAGAUCAAGGCUGAAAGGGAAGCCCUGGAGACACAGCUACAGCUGGAGGAAAACAGGCAGAGAGUGGCCAGGGCUCACAUAGAACUGCAGGAAAACUUGGCGGCAAAUCAAAAAGAGACCUUGGAGGGCCUCCAGGAGGCAACUACCAAGUUGAUGACACAGGCUGAGGCAGCACGGUACACAGCUGACACUGCCCGACACAUCAAAGAGAUGACCGAAUUGGCGCGGUCGCAGAUAACAGGAGCUUUGGUUGUCCUCCCUGAUGUUUCUGAUUCGUCCAUGGAGCGGGAAGAACAGCAGAGCUCCUAUUCAAGCAGCGGAAGGGACAAAAAUGACUCUGACAGCUUCCCUAGUGAGGUGUCCAGCAGACAGACCAGACCAGAAGAACCGUUGUCUUCGCUGAACAGCCCCAGUCACUCUGAUUCUCUGUCCUUCAGAAGACCAAACCUCAGUGGAGCAGACUCUAGCAGUCAACAUAGCCCGCCGCAGGCCUCGCCAGAGCACAGAGAACGGACCAAAAAAGAAGCAGUAGAGGGGAAAUGGAGGAAAGGAGGAGCUGAAGUAAGGGCAGAGAGGGAAGCAGGCAGCAGCUCCAUAGAGGAGGAAGUUCUAACGGCAGCAAAUGACUCCCUCUGCAGUGACAGCAUCCCCUCUGCAGUGGAUGAGAAAGGAGACAGUACGUCAGUGGCAACCGAGUACUCACUCAAAUUUGAUGAGUCCAUGACAGAGGAUGAGAUAGAAGAGCGUUCCUUCCGCUCUCUGCUGCCAUCUGAGGCGCACCGCCGUGGGACUAUGGAGAAGAAGUCCCGCCACCAUGAGGAAUCAGAAGAUGAUGGAGCCAAUCACAACACAACAUUGGUUUCAGUGGCACACAAUAUCCUAAAGGUUCAGGAUGCAAACAUGGCCUUUUCUGGCGGACAGGACAGCUUUUCCCAGUUCACCAUGGACAUGGUGCGUCAGUACAUGAAGGACGAGGAGGUAAGACUGCAGCACCAGAGCUCUCUGCUGCAUCUUCGCCAGAAAGCUGUCAAAGAGAAGACCAGAACUGAGCUGGCCUGGCUAGAGCACCAGAAAAAGAGGCUGAGGGACAAGGGCGAGGAUGACAAAAUGCCACUCAGGAAGAAACAGAGGGGCCUCCUGAUGAAACUACAGCAGGAACAGGCUGAGAUUAAGCGACUUCAGGAGGCCAACAAAGCAGCCAGGAAGGAGAGGCAGCUGUUGCUGAAGCAGCAGGAGGAGAUUGAGCGGAUGAGAAACUCUACACUCCGACUGAAAGAGCGUCUCAAAUAUGCUGGGGAUGAAGCGCCACCUGAGACUCCUGUGUCAGAAACAUCUGUGUCCCAGGCAGCCUCCCCCAACAUGAGCCGUCCUGAUGAUAUCCGCAGCCCCUCUCCCUCGCUCUCCAUCUCUGGAAGUGAGACCAGCAGCAUCAUGCAGAAGCUCAAGAAGAUGCGCUCUCACAAGGAUGAGAAGUUCCUGACAAAGCGGGAGCAGCAGCUAAUGCAGAGGCGUCACCAUGCUGAGGAGCUGCUGCAGUGGAAACAGCGUCUGGACCAGGAGGAGGCAGAGGUCCGUAGGAUGGAAAAGGAGGCCCUGGCUGUAUGGGACAGGCAAACACCUCAGGACAUGGCAGAGAGCCAUGAAAAGGAGAUCUCCGACAUUAGCCCCACCCCCAGUCACCAUCGCAGCUCAGAGCAUAGAACUGACUCCGAGAAAGAGAUUGUGAGUGAGGGUGACUGUUCCUCAGUGACACCUGAGUCCAGUAUACACACAGAGGGACUUGUGUCCCAGCAACCAGGAAGCCCACCUUCAGUACAACCUGUGUCAAUCUCUGAAACACCUUUGGGCUCUGUGAGGAGCAGCCAUGCAAAUUACACCCAGGACUUCACUUCAGCUUCCCGUUCACCUAGCAGACAAUCUCCACUCAAAGGCAGCCACAGCCCUGCUGCCUCUCCUUCAGAUGGCAGCAGCAAAACCAAGAUGCAGCUUUGCUCCUCGUCCCAGACCACAAACCAGGCCCGCGCUCAGCUAACUGAAUCCCCCAUGCCGAUGCAGACUGAACCCAUUUCAGACCAGAGUGACAUAGAGAGCCGUAUCAAGGCCCUGAAGGAAGAAGUCCGAAAACGAAAGUUUAUGGCUUACCAACUAAAGAAAGAGCAGAAGAAGAGGCACAAGGAGCGCCUGAAGGCACAGGAGGCCAGCCUACUGAAGCAGCUAGAGAGCUAUAAUAACUUAAUUGAGAAAACUAAGGCAGAACUGAACAAGGAGCCAGACCUCAACACCUGAUACACAGUCCAGAUCAAAGAUUCCACCUCAAUCGCAGAGCAGAGCGGCAUUAAACCACCUGCUCACAGGUCUGAAACCAGCACAAUCUCUCAAAAGACGCAAAGUGAUGCUUCAUUGGAUCACAAUGCCCUACCUCAAGUUGAUCGUAGUAGAUCCACCUCAGUGCCUGAAGAGAUGUCUGAUGAAGACCCACCAACAGUCACUCCAACCCCGGUAGAUGGCAGCCCAGAAUGUCCGCCCUCAAGACCGAGGAGCCGUCUGUCCACGGAGGAACUUUUAAGACCUUCCUCUAAGGAAGCCCAGGCACAGAAGAUUGGGUCCGCAGAUGAGAACAUUGUCUCCUAUCAAAUAACUGACAUUCAGGAUGAGCUGGCAGAAGGAAGCUCCACAUUGGAGGAUCCACAUUCUGAACAUCUUCUCAAACUAGAAAAGGAAGACAAACUCGACUCCCAAGAGAAGCUGUCUGCAUCUAAACAUGUUUCCUCUUACAAGGGCGAAGAACAUCGACAUUCUCAAUCUGUUAGCAUAGAACAUGAUGAAAUAAGGACACAGGAAACAUGUGAGGCUGAAGAAGCUGUACAAUCUGAUAUUAUCUCCUUCAACAAGUCUCAUUCGGCUGCAUCCAGUGACCAUUCCUGCUCUGCCAACUCUGUUGCCUUCUCUUCAAAGAAGGAGGCACCCAAAAAGGAUGGUGAGGUCUCUUCACCAAUAGUAGAUGGUUAUCAUGAUGACUUUGAGUCUUCAGUGGAUUCUUCACCCAGAGAGGUGCGUCAUAGUUCGAGGCCUGCCUCUCAAAUCUCAGUUUCACCUACAGAGAUCAGGGGCUCGAGAAAAGACUCCCCUAGCAGAGCCACACCAUAUGGCAGCCAUGACGAUGAAGAGGUAGAGGAGGAAAUCGCUGAAGAGCUGAGUCAUCAUUCACCGACUAGUGAAGCCAGUCACCAAUCUGUGAGGCUUCUGGAUCUGCAUAACCAUACGGAAGACUCCAAACAUGACAGCAAGGAUAUUGUUAAUUCCAGCCACUCACCACCCAUUUUGCCUGUUGCUGAUGAAAUGCCAAGUUUUAGUAUCGCCGAUCGAGUUCUUGUUGGAGGUGUACAGCCUGGAACUCUGAGAUUCAAAGGCCCAACCAGCUUUGCUAAUGGCUUCUGGGCUGGCGUGGAGUUGGAUAAGUCUGAGGGUAGCAACAACGGCACUUAUGAUGGGGUGGUAUACUUUGAAUGUGUUGAGAGCCAUGGUAUCUUUGCUCCUCCAGACAAGAUUACACACCUGCCAGACAAGUUUGAGGUCUACACAGACGCCACGGAGGAUGAGGACUCGUUCUUUGAUGGUCUGUCGGAUAAAGAUGGGGAUAAACGUCAAACAGAUGAGCACACAUCCACAAAACAAGGAAAUCUGAAGAGUAAGAAUGAACAAACGUCUAACAAAAAGAUAACAGAUGAGUCUGUUCACAAGACUGGAUCCCACAUCAAUUCACAGCAUUACAAAGAAUCCAAGCCUCCCAUUUUUAAUGGAAACACUCAGGACAUAAUGUUGGAUUUUGAAGAUGCACCAACCAUCCUCCUCAUCUCUGACAUGGACAAGAUUGGCCUCGGGAAGCAGAGUCGGACAGACAUUGCUACCCUUGUUGAGAACGAAGAGGUAGACUCAAAACACCAGUUUGGUCCUGCUGAUCUUUCUACAGAUAUCGGGGAUGAUACGAGAGAACGGGAAGACGGAGACUUACUGGACACAUUUGCAGACAACCUCCUCAACAACUGUGUGAAAGACACUUUGGUGCAGUUUGUUCACAUUAAAAAGGCUAAAGAGCAAAAGAUAGAAGCGGCCAACCAGAUGAAUGUAGACCUGUUUGGGGAAAAUGUUGAAGAAGAAGAAGAAGAGUUUUUCUCUUCAGUGCAACAAAAAGAUGGUCUUCCCUUCUUCCUACCUACAGAAAACAAAGAGCUGUCUUCUCCAGAGCUGUGUAACCAACCGCAGAGUCCAGUGUUGGGGGCCAGUGGUCAGGAGGAGCUCGCCAAGCGACUAGCAGAGCUGGAACUGAGCCGUGAACUGCUAGAUGAGCUGGGUGACGAUCAGGACUGGUUUGAUGAGGACUUUGGUCUCAGCUCACGUAGAGAACAGCAGAGACUCAAACAAAGGGAAGAGGAAGAGGAGGAAGUCCUGGGGGGGCUGGUCUCAUCCCCAGGCGGGGAACAGCAGGUUAAGACUCCACCUAGACCUGAGCUACCUCUCCCCCUACCCCCUAAACUACCUGAGCAGCCUGCUAUGGUUGUGCCCCACUCAGCCACAGAGGUGGAGAAGAUGGUCCAUGCUGCUGCUCAGGAGAUCUGGGAGAACUGUGGCCUGGGGAAGAAGGGCGCCCUGACCCUGUCACAGCUGCCAAACCCCACACCUUCACAAGAGUAUCUGGGUAAAGAGGCCAGCAGCCAGGACCCGGAGGUCCUCUGUGUCCGCAGCUACAGAAAGGCUGUGUAUGACCUGACGUGGGAGAUGCUUCAGGAGAUCUAUACUGAGGACCCCAACACUGAUCAGCCUCAGUGGGUCAAACCACGUCGAGUUAAGUCCUCCUUCCUCCACGGAGUGAAGACACCAGGAGACCUCAACAAAAUCCAGGAAUUCAUCUCGGCAGAAGUACUGAAACUGUAUGGUCUGACGAAAGAUCACAGCCAGAAGACUGACUGGCAGAAGAUGCUCAAAUUUGGCAAAAAGAAGCGAGACAGGGUCGAUCACAUUCUGGUUCAGGAACUCCACGAGGAGGAAGCCCAGUGGGUCAACUAUGACGAGGACGAGCUGUUUGUCAAGAUGCAGCUGGCAGACAGCAUCUUCGAUGCUUUGCUGAAGGACACUGCUAACGUGCUGACGCUGAUCUAUGACAAGCGGGCCAGAACAGAAAACUCCCUCUCCUGACAGCUUUCCUGUUUAGAUUUUAAACUACAACCUCUAGCUCAACCCCAGUCUUUCCCCACCCCAAUAAACUCCAGCCAACUUCCCGCCGCUCUGUCUUCCACCAGCUGAUGUGCCAACAGCAACCCUGAGAUGCCUUCAGUCCCAGCAUUACCUCUCAGCUGAACUACUCGUACUUAUUUCUGUGACAUUAAUUUGCUGAAUUCUGCUUCAGCUAACUGUCGUGGUGAUAUGAUUUCUUCUACACACAAAAUGCCUCUUAAGCAAUCCAGCCUUCUAAAACCUUAACACCACCUUGUCUCAGUUCUCACCUCCUGGACUGGUCCUUUUGUAAAUGCCAGUUGGAGAAUGAGUAGAUGUUUUGAUGGGAUAGAUUGCGCAAUUUGUUCGCACUUAAUGUCCAUUAUUGCUGCUAAAUUGAUCGUUCUAUAGGGGACUGUAAAUUACUAUCCACCUGGAACACAAGGUCGGUUCUAGGUUGACAUAUUUUGUAUUGAAUCUUAAAGUAAAUAUAUGUAUGGAUUCAAAAAUUGUAAUAGAGUAGCAGAUAAAGAAUAUACAAUGUAGUGCAUAAGUGACUUAACAGUGACACAUUAUCGUGUUUGCUUUGUAUUCCAGUUCAUUGAAAUUAAACAAUGACUAUGAGGUUAAACUUUUAGCUGUCAUUUGAGGGGUUUUACAUUCACCGUGGGUGAUCAGCCCUCCAUUUAAGGCGUUUGUAAGCCGGCCUUAAAUAUACAAAUAAAAUGUAAAAGUCCCACCGGCGUUGCAGCCAUUCACUUUUCCAGGGGUGACUGACUCAGCCCGUCAGUGUUCGGCCCUCACAGCCCCCCCGGUUGCUUCGGCUGCAUGUUUUGCAUCAUUGUCCUGCUGCAUUGACUUUAAAUCUGUGGGCUGUGCAUAGAUUAAACACUUUAACUUUAUAAUCAUUGUUGAAUUUGACAUCCGGUGGGUUGGAAGAGGGUUAGAAAAAUAGAAAUGGUCACAGAUCAAAUAUUGUCCAACUGUGCUUUAUUAGAGUGUCGCUGAGAUCAGAUAUAGUAUGAAGCAUUUUGCCUCCAUAAUUAUAUUAUUUAUUGCGUGAAAAAUGUUUGAUUUAGAGGAGUACGAACAUUUUCAAAUGUAAAUGAUCUUGUCAACAUAUAAAGAACAGAUUUUUAACAUUUAAUGAAAUUGGAAAAAGCACAAAAAAGAAAUGUGAACGUGAACACAGCAAUAUAUUAUGUCGGAGGUUUAAAGGACGCUAUUGAUAUGAGAAAAAGAAGACGGGGAGAAAACCGUUUUCCUAUUUCAACGUUGUAAUGUUAAUGAUUCAUUGAAACUGUUCUGUAGGACUUUUAUUGUGGCCACAACUGUCCAGUUGUCCCCCUUUUGUACGACACCGUGUAUUUACGUUCAGUUUGAAAACGUCUCAUACAACCAGCAAGAAAAGGCUUCUCCAGUAAUUUGCCUAUUUUUCUGUGCUCUAACUGAAGCUUUUGAAUCCCAUUCAAUAUUGUUUUUGUGUAAGCAUUUGGGGACAAACCUGUCCAUCAACGCUAUGCUAAAAAAAAAAUCAAGUAAUUUUUGCAUCAAUGCUGGUAUUUUAUGGAUGUCUUUUUCUUUUUCACUAAACACAGAAUGAAUAUAUAGUAUGCACGUGGUACACAAACGAAGAAUCGCAGGACAGAACUGAAAUACUGGAUUUAAGCCUUACUUUUCCAACACUCACUGUACUUUCUCUGACCUGACAUAAACACGUGGUGUUCCUGUUCCUUCAUCAGUUUGCCCUUGUAAAUGUAGCCAGCUGAACAUUUGCUCAAAAAACAUUGGGUUGUGUAGAAGCAUGUUUAUGUGCUCCACUUGCUGCUGUGAACGAUUUGGCUUGACAGCAGUCGGCAAGUUCAAACCAGCCGUCAGAAUGUAGGCCGUCAAUGUCGUCGGAGAGCAGAGGGAGCCUCUCAGCAUUCAGUUCAAGUGCCUCUUGAGUUGUAGAUUCAUACAAACUUUGUGAACGUCUCAACACCCUCUGGACCUAUUUUCUUUGAAUGUCUCUUUCAAACCGCUGUCUCCUACCUUUUUGUAAAUGAUCCUUAAAUGGCCGCUCUUCCCUCUCAACCAGUUUGUCAUGACUUCAGUUUCUGCCUUAUCAAUCUUUCUGUAUUGAAGCAUAGUUGAGAGUUUUUCAAACCUUCUCAUUUUGUCUGUGCUCAGCCUGAGGGAAAUGUGUGUGUGUGUGCGUGUGCGAACAGAAUCACUAAAUGUUACCUGCUGCUUGUCCACGUCGCCCUUACUUCUGUGCAUAUUUACACAGUUGAGUCACGUUAUAGAUAAAGUGUAUCAGGAACUAGACUGUUGACACUCCGACACAAGCACACGCACACACACACACACAGUCAGUCAUCGAGCUGAUGAGACUGAGCACGUACACUGUAUCAAAGGGCUUGUUUUAGUCCUCAGUCGGUGCUGCGUUGAUCCAACAAACUGUACAAACUCAUUCUGAGCGAGCAUUUAAUCUUCACUGACAUAAGGCAAAAGUGACCUUAAACUGAGUCGUUUUUUUUUUUUUAUCGUCAAUGUAUAAAGAGUUGCUAUGGUGUAUGCUCAAACUGUAAAUUAUAUAAUGUAGAAAAAGACCAAAACAUUGACACCGAUUUAUCCAUGCUGUAUGAAUUGUAUGUCUGGGCUGUAGGCAUACGUAACUGACGGUGACAUAAUUAUAGUACUUUUGAAACUCUUUGCAAGGCUUCAUUGCAAACCCUCUAGGAUUGUCCUCUUGAAUUGAUUGUAUAUGGGAGGCAGAUGGAGCCCCUCUAACUAUGCAGUACUUGGUCUUAUGCAUCGCUUCAUAUGUAUGGACCAAACAGCUUAGACUUCUACCGAGGCUGUAGAUUAUUGACAGUCAAGAAACGUACAGCUCUCUGGUGUCGAAUGGAGUUCCUUCUAUCUGCUCGUCUGAGGCCUGUUCACAGGGAGGUGGAGCAACUCGAUAGCGAUGGGUAAAAAUAACAAUUUAAAAAAACUAGGCACAAACAAUUGGAUUAUCAAAUUAACCCAGUUAGACUAGAUGUCUCACUUCAUCUUUUAAAAAUGUUGAUGAAUAUUUAUAAUGUUCUGUGAGUGUGCGCCAAGUGCACUUGAAGACUUGUACAAUUAUUUUAUGGGUGUAAAUAUACUGUCUGUCCUAUGUGACCCACUGUUACUGUAACCUGAACGAUUGUUUGUAAGAUAAACACUGUAUACUUUGCAAAUAUGUUGCAAAAUAUAUAUUUGUUAAAUAAAUGAACUUUGAAAUUGUAAA